UAAUGUGAAGGGUAUAAAAAUUGUGGUCAUCCACGUACACCACGCUUGUCAGUUUUUUUCUUUGUAAAAAAUAAAUUCGCAAAGAUUUUUCUGGAUUUCUCAGUUUGAAUAACAAAUUCGAUCUUGAAGAUGAACCCAAACCCUAACCUUAAUCCUCCAUCAGAUCAUUCUCAUUCUUCCGAUUACGCUCCAUACCCAAAGCUCGAUCCAAACGACGUCGCUCCGGUAUCUGAGACCUGGACUCCGGUUAAUGUCGGAUCGAAUCCUCCAUCUGCGCCUAUAUAUGGCAGCGCUGCAACUACUAUGCCUACUGAGUCUAAUCCCUACGUUACUCCCGAGCCUGCUCAACCCCCUGCUUCUUUAGUGAAGAAUAAAAUGGAUUCUGUUAAGGAUGUCCUUGGUAAGUGGGGAAAGAAGGCUGCAGAGGCAACAAAGAAGGCUGAGGAUCUUGCUGGGAAUAUGUGGCAGCACUUGAAAACAAGCCCCAGUUUGGCUGAUGCCGCUAUGGGAAGAAUUGCUCAAGGAACAAAGGUCUUGGCAGAGGGUGGUUAUGAGAAAGUCUUCAGACAAACAUUUGAGACUGUCCCAGAGGAAAAACUUUUGAAGUCAUAUGCAUGCUACUUAUCUACUUCUGCUGGUCCGGUCAUGGGAGUUCUGUACUUAUCCACUGCCAAACUUGCAUUUUGUAGUGAUAAUCCUCUUUCAUACAAAGUUGGUGAUCAGACAGAAUAUAGCUACUACAAGGUGGUUCUCCCAGUAGACCAACUUAAAGCUGUUAAUCCUCCAAUUAGCAAGAUCAAUCCAGCUGAGAAGUACAUCCAGGUCAUCUCAGUUGACAAUCAUGAGUUUUGGUUUAUGGGUUUUGUUAACUAUGAUAAUGCUGUCAAAAGCUUGCAAGGUGCUCUGUUGGGUGAUCAUUCAUAGCUGGUGCGUCAAGUUCUUGAUCAUUUCAGAUGAGGUCUGUGGCAGUGGUGCUUGCUUUUAAUGUAGAUAAGAUUCUGUAAAAUAUGGCAAAUCAGGGGUCGGUUAUUGUUGUGCCUACAUGCUUUAGUUUGUCUAUUGGUUUGGUAUCUUGUGUAUUACACCCUCUAUUUCCUGGAUGAUUAUUAUUAGCAUCUUUUAGUAUUUCUAAUUUUGUAUUGGUGGAUUCAAUUGCUAUUUAUACUAAAUCAUUCAGAGAAUACACUAGUGGAUUUGGUAAUACAUAAUGCAUUGUAUAUCAUCAUGAAAUUGAAUAAAGUUAUUCUUUGUAAUAAGAUAUUCGCUUGUUUAUGUAUCUGCUGGAAAUGCAAUGUAGUUACCGAAUUGUAUGAAUUAA